AUGCAUUCUCUCGACCUUCUCUGCACCAUCGUCGCCCUCCUCCUCGUAUCCCCCAUCGCCGCCGCGCCCACCACGCUCGGCGUCACCUACAAACCCUCCGCCCCCAAUCUCCCAUCCCCCGAGCUCGUCGUCUCCUCCCUCCACUCUCUCCGCGUCCCUGCUGUCCGCCUCGUCGACCCUACCCCCGCCGCCGUACGCGCCUUUGCCUACACCAACAUCAGCCUCCUCCUCUCCGUUCCCAACCAUCUCAUCCCCUCCUUCGCCGCCAAUCGCUCCUCCGCCACCUUCUGGCUCUACUCCCACGUCCUCCCUUACCACCCCCGCACGCGCAUCUCCGUCAUCUCCGUCGGCUCCGACGUCAUCACCACCACCGCCGCCGCCUCCGAUCCAGUCCACGACCUCCUCCCUGCCAUGCGCAACCUCCGCUCCGCGCUCAUUGACCUCGGCAUCCGGUCCAUCCCCGUCUCCACCACCUUCUCCUUUAUCGACAUCAUGACGACCUCGUUCCCGCCUUCCGCCGCCGAGUUCCAGGAACCAAUCGGCUCCCUGCUCAUCCGCCCGCUACUUCACUUCUUAUCGGAAACAAACUCCUCCUUCCUAAUCAACCUCUAUCCCUAUAGAAUCUACACAAUCAACUCCGAGAUCCCGAUCGGCUUUUUGCUUUUCCAGGAAUAUCCUUUCAAUUUCCGCGACGAUGUGAUAACAGGAGUUAGAUACCGGAAUUUGUUCGACAUGAUGGUCGACGCUGUCAUAGCAGCCAUGGCGGUCUCCGGUCAGGAGAAUAUCCCGGUGAUUGUGGCUGAGACAGGGUGGCCGAGCGACGGCGAGGCAGAGUUGGCCGGAAAUUAUGCCGAGAUGUACUUGAAGGGGCUGGUAAAACAUCUCAGAUCUGGAGUCGGGACGCCUUUGAGAAAAGACGGUGCGGCUGAGGUACACAUCUAUCAACUGUUUGAUGAAAGUGAUAUGAGCAGCGACAACAACAGUACUGCAAUGGGUCCAAGGGGGAAUUGGGGGAUUAUGUACAACAAUAUGAGCAUGAAGUACAAUGUUGAAAUAUCUGGUUCCGCAACCGGAGAUGGUAAAAAAUUGGUGGGGAUUACUGUUCUAAUUGUUCUGCCGAGCCUUCUCCUGUUUGCUUAA